AUGAAGGGUCUUCUGGUGCUGAUUUCAACGAAAAGAAUAUCGAAAGAAGCGCUGAACGCAUCCAGUGUGGUGGCGUUCGCGGCAUGCAUGCCAACAUUCGGUCCUAGCGAAAAUGGCGAGUGUGCUGGUGGCUCCAGCCCCGGUUCAGGGCCCGGAGGUGCUGGAGGUCCUCCAGGCUUCGGUGGUGCUGUUAAUGUCGUAGGAGGAGCUAGUGGAGAGCUGUCAAACCGUGCUCAAAUCGUCGCCACUCUCAAAGGCACCAACGCGGCAUCCUUCAAGAGGUCCGGCUCCAACAGCGAAUCCGAAAACAGCUCUAACAGCGGAUCUAACAACUCUAAUGAGGAAUGUAGCGAGUCUAGCAACAGCGGUCGCAGCGGAUAUAACAAAUCUAGCGAGUCUAGCGAAACCUCUCGCAUGGCAUCUAACAACUCUAACGGUAGCAAAUCUAGCGAGUCUAGCAACAACUCUCGCAGGGAAUCUAGCAACUCUAACAAUAGCAAAUCUAGCGAGUCUAGCACCAGCGGUCGCGGAGGAUAUAACAACUCUAACGAUAACAAAUCUAGCGAGUCUAGUGAAAGCUCUCGCAUGGCAUCUAACAACUCUAACGGUAGCAAAUCUAGCGAGUCUAGCGACAGCUCUCGCAAGGCAUCUAACAACUCCAAUGCUAGCAAAUCUAGUGAGUCUAGCGACAGCUCUCGCAAGGCAUCUAACAACUCUAAUGCUAGCAAAUCUAGCGAGUCUAGCGACAGCUCUCGCAAGGCAUCUAACAACUCCAAUGCUAACAAAUCUAGCGAGUCUAGCGACAGCUCUCGCAAGGCAUCUAACAACUCUAAUGCUAGCAAAUCUAGCGAGUCUAGCGACAGCUCUCGCAAGGAAGUAGCUAAGUCUAACGAUAACAAAUCAAGCGAGUCUAGCGACAGCUCUCGCAAGGCAUCUAACAACUCUAAUGCUAGCAAAUCUAGCGAGUCUAGCGACAGCUCUCGCAAGGCAUCUGACAACUCUAAUGCUAGCAAAUCUAGCGAGUCUAGCGACAGCUCUCGCAAGGCAUCUAACAACUCUAAUGCUAGCAAAUCUAGCGAGUCUAGCGACAGCUCUCGCAAGGCAUCUGACAACUCUAAUGCUAGCAAAUCUAGCGAGUCUAGCGACAGCUCUCGCAAGGCAUCUAACAACUCUAAUGCCAGCAAAUCUAGCGAGUCUAGCGACAGCUCUCGCAAGGCAUCUAACAACUCCAAUGCUAGCAAAUCUGGCGAGUCUAGCGACAGCUCUCGCAAGGCAUCUAACAACUCUAAUGCUAGCAAAUCUAGCGAGUCUAGCGACAGCUCUCGCAAGGAAGUAGCUAAGUCUAACGAUAACAAAUCAAGCGAGUCUAGCGACAGCUCUCGCAAGGCAUCUAACAACUCUAAUGCUAGCAAAUCUAGCGAGUCUAGCGACAGCUCUCGCAAGGCAUCUAACAACUCCAAUGCUAGCAAAUCUGGCGAGUCUAGCGACAGCUCUCGCAAGGCAUCUAACAACUCUAAUGCUAGCAAAUCUAGCGAGUCUAGCGACAGCUCUCGCAAGGAAGUAGCUAAGUCUAACGCUAACAAAUCAAGCGAGUCUAGCGACAGCUCUCGCCAGGCAUCUAACAACUCUAAUGCCAGCAAAUCUAGCGAGUCUAGCGACAGCUCUCGCAAGGCAUCUAACAACUCCAAUGCUAGCAAAUCUAGCGAGUCUAGCGACAGCUCUCGCAAGGCAUCUAACAACUCUAACGCUAGCAAAUCUAGCGAGUCUAGCGACAGCUCUCGCAAGGCAUCUAACAACUCUAAUGCCAGCAAAUCUAGCGAGUCUAGCGACAGCUCUCGCAAGGCAUCUGACAACUCUAAUGCUAGCAAAUCUAGCGAGUCUAGCGACAGCUCUCGCAAGGCAUCUAACAACUCUAAUGCUAGCAAAUCUAGCGAGUCUAGCGACAGCUCUCGCAAGGCAUCUAACAACUCUAAUGCUAGCAAAUCUAGCGAGUCUUGCGACAGCUCUCGCAAGGCAUCUGACAACUCUAAUGCUAGCAAAUCUAGCGAGUCUAGCGACAGCUCUCGCAAGGCAUCUAGUAACUCUAAUGCUAGCAAAUCUAGCGAGUCUAGCGACAGCUCUCGCAAGGCAUCUAGCAACUCCAAUGCUAGCAAAUCUAGCGAGUCUAGCGACAGCUCUCGCAAGGCAUCUAACAACUCUAAUGCUAGCAAAUCUAGCGAGUCUAGCGACAGCUCUCGCAAGGCAUCUAGCAACUCUAAGGCUAGCAAAUCUAGCGAGUCUAGCGACAGCUCUCGCAAGGCAUCUAGCAACUCUAAUGCUAGCAAAUCUAGCGAGUCUAGCGGCAGCUCUCGCAAGGCUUCUAUCAUCUCUAAGUCGAAGCAGGUGUCUUCUAACGGUGAAGAUUGUCAGUAA